CUCUCACCGAUCUCUCGCUGCCGAGCGCCACAUAUUCCGAAACACGGCCUGCGGUUUGGGAGUAAUUGCGUAGGUGUUAGCCAGCUGGGUGACACCGACUAGGUUAGGCCAUUGUUGGAGAUCUCGAAAUCUAUGUACCUAGAACUCCCGGCCUCGCCUUUCUUAUGAUGGCAUAGAGAUACACGCUGCGUAUUAAAACAGAGACUGAUCUGCACUUGAGCUCGUUCUCGUACUUAACCUACAGGUACCAAUUUCACUGACACUCUGCUAAGGUACCGUGUUCUGUGCAACACUUUCAAAGCUGACACGCAAUAUGGGAACCUCCGCUGCGCCUACCUUCCAGCCUUUGACCGUGUGUAUCAUCGGCAGGGGCAUCGGCGACCUAGCAGCUGGCAUAGCCUUGCACCGUCCCGGUCACAACAGGCUUCGACGUCAAAAUCGGCCGCCCAUCUCGUGCGCCGCAAACGGAGUGCGAUGGCCUCGCGAGUGGGGCGUCGAUUGCAUAGCCGGCCGACGGGUCACGCUGAUGAAGCUCAUCAUGCACGACUGGAAUACAGGUGAAGUACUUAACGAGUACAAUCUCAGCGGUAACGAGGCCGAGUUCCACAGACGAGAUCAACACCGCAUUUUACUUGAAGCAGCAGCCUCUCCAGAAGACUCGGAAUACAGCACCGUAACGUUCCAGAAUGGUGCGACUUUCAGGCGAACCGACCUCAUUGUCGGCGCUGAUGGCAUUCACUCAGUCGUCCGUGAACAGAUCGGCAUGCAAGUUAUCAAGCGGUCAGCAGCGCAGAGUUGCUACCGGUGCAAUUUCACCAAGCAGGAAGCUGAGCACCCAUGCACAGGAGGCGAUGUCAUAUCCUUGUACCUCUUCAUGCCGUCGGAGCUGACCAACCACCAUGCGGAAGGCUUCAGCUGGGCCGAUGCGACAGUGGAGGAGUGCAUACCGGGCUUAUACUCGCAGCUGGAUCCGCGUUGCCGGCAACUGAUUCAACACACGAUUGAGCGCAAGCCAUGGGGUCUGUACAUCCACGAGCCGUACUCGCACUGGCAACACGGCAGAGCUUGCCUGCUCGGCGACCCGGUGAAGCCGCUCAUGCCAAAUCAAUCGCAGGGCGCCCGAAAGUACGAUGGGCGCUUCACGAGCGACGUGCAGGCCAGCCUGCAGGUUUACGAGACUAUCCGCAGCCCCAGGGGCUCGCGCGUGCAGCUCGCAUCGCUCAAGGCGACGAUGAACAUUAACGAACGCAUCGGUUUCUUCAGGUUGAGCUCGCACGACGCGCGGCUGGCAGCGCCGGAGGGCAAGCUGACGGUCGACGAGAUGAAUCGGUACGAUAUGCAUCAACACAUUGAGGACGUUGUCAGUGCCCUAGAUGCCGUUGGCGAGGUGCACGAACAAGGAAAAACAACCCAAGUGCACCUUUAA